AUCUGUCAAAUACUCACUCUGUUUUUUUCUUGUUUUCUAAUUAUCCUUUUUUAAAAAAAAAAAAGUCAGCUUCCUUAGCUCGGUUGGUCUAAGACACAAGGUUUUGACUUGUACAAAAGUCAGUAAUUCAUGGUGGUAUCCUGGUUCCUAGUCCUUUGCUGAAAUCAUUAGUACUUAGCCAACACUAGCUAUCAGGUAAUCCCCACGACUGUUUCAACUGUUACUCUGAAGGUCUUGCACCAAAGUGAGAUGAGCUGGAAAGUCAUAGUACUACUGCCAUGCUUUUUUAAAAAGAAAAAGUUCUUGGUACAAUAGUCAGGGUUUUUUUCCUGAAUGAUCACAGGAUGGAAAAGAACAGCUUUUCGUUCUGCAGAUCCACUAACCUGACAGUGAGAGAUGAAACUUGCAUGUGGAUAUAUGUGUCCGCAUCAUUUUUAAGGGAAAGGUAGCAGAUUUGUUAGUCUCUAAGGUGCCACAAGUAUUCCUUUUCUUUUUGCAAAUACAGACUAACGUGGCUGCUACUCUGAAACGUAGCAGAUUAUGCAUGUAUCCAGAAUAAACUAUAGUGAUCCCAUUUGUUCUAAGUUUGUUUGUACAUAAAACGAAUGGUGUUACAACUAAUAAAUACAAAAUGAAAUUUACACAUUUAGCCAAAAGACAGCACUAGUUAGUGGGAGUCAGAUCAACCACCCUCUCAGAAGGAGUGACUGGAUCAGAGAUUUGCAACAGGUACUUCUUGUACAUAAAACUACCUAGAUUGGGAGGGCAGAUUAGAAGAAUUUAAUGUAUUCUGGGAUCUCUUCAUUGCAUUAACUAUUGUAAAAAGGUAGUCCUGACUUUCUCAUGACUGAACUGCAACUUUGAAGAAAAACUUGCUCAUUUCAUUCUUUUGAACUUAAAGCAUUGAAAUUUCAUACUUAGUGUGACGGAUAUGGAAUUGCUAUGUAUUAAUUCUGAUAUAAUUUUGUGAACAUUGUAUGUGACCUGAUCAGUGAGGUAAAAUUACUGUAUAACUGUGAAAAGAAAAGGAGUACUUGUGGCACCUUAGAGACUAACAAAUUUAUAACUGUGGUGGAUUAUUGGAAUAUCCUAUUUGAAUGUAUUUGUCUGUCUUAACGCAUCUUUGGGAAGAAGAAAGGAACACAAUAGAUCUAGAUAAGGACACUCCAGUGCACACUUGAAAAACAUUGGUACAAACUGUUAGUUUCAAGGUGCCAGUCUCCAUCAAUAUGCAUGCCUUGUUUGGCAAAGCUAGGAGCCUGGAGAUCAAAAGAAAACACAUUUAUGAAGUCCUUCACAGAGCAGGGAGAGUGUCACUUUCCAGAAGCUGUCUAGGGAGAUAAGCUGCCAGAGUGAGAGAGAAAGGGAGAGACUCUGCUGAGGGAGUCUAGAGCAAUUCGGCCUUCCUGGAUCCAGGGAAUGGUAACCCUUAGGCUUUCAAGGUGAAGUGUCAGAAAAACAACAUCUGAAACUUGCUGGGACAAAGAAGACUCAUUUGUUACCUAUCAUUAUUUGCUUUUAUUAUUACGGAAAGAAGAUCCUCAAAGUGUUGUGAGCAAAGACGAGGAUUUCUCCUCCUAGCCUGGGCCUGUCAUGGAUGAAGAGACUCAGCACAGCCUUGAAUGCAUCCAGGCUAAUCAGAUCUUUCCCAGGAAGCAGCUGAUACGAGAGGAUGAGAAUCUUCAGGUCCCCUUCCUUGAACUUCAUGGUGAGAGCACAGAGUAUGUGGGACGAGCAGAGGAUGCCAUCAUUGCACUUUCUAAUUACAGACUGCACAUCAAAUUCAAGGAGUCUGUUGUGAACGUUCCAUUACAGCUUAUAGAAAGUGUUGAAUGCCGAGAUAUAUUUCAACUUCAUUUGACUUGCAAAGACUGCAAAGUUAUCAGGUGUCAGUUCUCUACCUUUGAGCAAUGUCAAGAGUGGCUUAAGCGACUGAACAAUGCCAUUCGCCCUCCUUCGAAGAUAGAGGACCUUUUUUCAUUUGCGUACCAUGCUUGGUGUAUGGAGGUAUAUGCCAGCGAAAAAGAACAGCAUGGGGAUUUGUGCCGGCCAGGGGAGCAUGUAACUUCGAGGUUUAAAAAUGAAGUUGAACGGAUGGGUUUUGAUAUGAAUAAUUCCUGGAGGAUAUCCAAUAUCAAUGAGAAAUACAAGCUCUGUGGUAGCUACCCACAGGAGCUCAUAGUUCCCGCUUGGAUCACGGACAAGGAGCUGGAGAGUGUGGCAAGUUUUCGGUCCUGGAAACGUAUCCCGGCUGUGGUUUACAGGCACCAGUGUAAUGGGGCAGUAAUUUCCCGUUGCGGACAGCCCGAGGUCAGCUGGUGGGGCUGGAGAAAUGCAGAUGACGAACACCUUGUCCAGUCAGUGGCCAAAGCAUGUGCCUCAGACUCUAGGUCCAAAAGCAGGAAAUUAAUGAAUGGAAACUGUUCCAGAGACUUCUCCAAUGGAGGGGACCUCUCCGAUGUGGAAUUUGAUUCCUCAAUUUCUAAUGCUUCAGGAGCAGAAAGUUUGGCCAUCCAGCCACAGAAGCUUUUAAUUUUGGAUGCACGUUCUUAUGCAGCUGCUGUGGCUAAUAGGGCCAAAGGUGGAGGCUGUGAGUGCCCAGAGUAUUAUCCAAAUUGUGAAGUGGUGUUCAUGGGGAUGGCAAACAUCCAUUCUAUCCGGAAGAGCUUUCAGUCACUGCGCUUGCUCUGCACACAGAUGCCAGACCCAGGAAAUUGGUUAUCAGCACUGGAAAGUACCAAAUGGCUGCAGCACUUGUCUGUGCUUCUGAAAUCUGCACUAUUGGUAGUGCACGCAGUAGACAGAGACCAGCGACCAGUCUUGGUGCACUGCUCGGAUGGCUGGGACCGAACCCCACAGAUAGUAGCACUGUCCAAACUGCUGCUAGAUCCAUAUUACAGGACCAUAGAGGGUUUCCAGGUGCUAGUGGAGAUGGAAUGGCUGGAUUUUGGCCACAAGUUUGCAGAUCGCUGUGGCCAUGGUGAGAAUUCGGAUGACCUAAAUGAGCGCUGCCCAGUAUUUUUGCAGUGGUUGGACUGCGUCCAUCAGCUCCAGAGGCAGUUCCCCUGCUCUUUCGAGUUUAACGAAGCAUUCCUUGUCAAAUUGGUGCAGCACACCUACUCUUGUCUCUUUGGUACAUUCCUGUGCAACAAUGCGAAGGAGCGAGGAGAAAAACAUACUCAAGAAAGGACGUGUUCUGUCUGGUCUCUGCUGCGGGCAGCAAACAAAGCCUUCAAAAACCUGCUUUACUCCUCCCAAUCGGAAACUGUGCUGUAUCCAGUGUGUCAUGUGCGUAAUUUAAUGCUCUGGAGUGCUGUUUACCUGCCAUGUUCUUCCCCCUCCACCCCUGCGGAUGACACCUGUGCCCCUUACCCAGUUCCAGGCUCCAGCCCUGAAGAUCAGUCUCUGGGCAGGCUACCAAAGACAAGAUCAUUUGACAAUCUGACAAUGACCUGCGACAGCAACAUGCCUACAACUAACAGACGUAGUAGUGAUCCCAGCCUAAAUGAAAAGUGGCAAGAGCACCGUAGGUCUCUGGAGCUGAGCAGCCUUGGCAACCCAGGGGAUGAUCCGUUUGAUGGGGACAGCCUGAGCAAACAAGGCAGAGCUCUUGUUGGAGCAGAGCUUUCAGUUGCAGCGGGCGUGGCAGAGGGACAGAUGGAGAACAUUUUGCAGGAGGCCACCAAAGAGGAUGUUGGUCUGGAGGAGCUCUUGAGGGUUACCCUAGAGACAACAGGCAAAGAGGAUGUGGAUGAGGUUAUCCUGGGUAAGGAGAACAGAGCUGAAAAUCUUGAUGGGUAUGUUGAUGGCCUCUAUGAAAAGACUGAGAUGGAUACAGAUACUUUAAUAAACAAUCCAGUGUCCAAUCCACAUCCAGUUUCACAAGGUUCUUCUGAGCUUAAAGGACAACAGGAGGAGCCUAUGGAUCUCAGUAACAGUAUCCAGAAGUUACCUCAGAUGAAAGGACUACAAACUGUCCCCUUGGAGAGUACUGUAAAUAGUGACAUUCAAAAGAAUGUGGAGGAAAGUGUUAGUAGACUUUAUAUAGAAACAGAGAGCCCUUAUAGUACUCUAGAGUCCAGCCCUCCAUUGCCCAUCACAAUCCAACAUGAGGCAAAAACAUCCAACAUGGAAAGUUCUACCGAAACCUUAACAGAGAUUGGAGCAAAGCAAGAGCUGAUUCAGAAAGGCCCUUGCCAUGAACCUCGUCUGAUGGACAACAAUUCUGAGGAACUUUUUCAAACGACUGAAAACAGACCUGAGGGGGAAAACGUGAUAGAGCUACAGAGACUGGGAACAAAAGUAAACAAGACUUCUAACAGCAGCAACAUACACAGCUCAAUGCCUUCCCCUUGUGCCUUGCCUUUAGCUGAAUGUAAAGAUGAGAUUGUGUGUAAUGGGGAGCUGGAGACUGAGAACAAGGUGACAGAGAAACCUGCAGGAUUUAGUAUUACCCAGAAAAACCCUGCAGCAAAUGGACACUGUGUGAAUGGAGAGGAUGAUAGGGUCAAACCCUCUCUGAGGUGGCAGUUCUCUACAGCUAGUUGUAGUUCUGCCCAGUUUCACUUGAGGAACUUGCACCAUAAGUGGGUGCAUGGCCAUUCUGGGAGGCAACAGACAGUUAGCAGCCCAGACCAACCCACCAGGAGCCACUUGGAUGAUGAUGGGAUGCCAAUCUACACCGAUGUUAUCCAGCAGCGCCUGCGUCAGAUCGAAACUGGGCAUCAGCAGGAAGUGGAGAUAUUGAAGAAGCAAGUGCAGGAGUUGAGGAGCCGGUUGGAGAGCCAGUACCUGAAUAGCUCACUACGUUUCAGUGGUGAUUAUGUGGACGAAGUGACUUCAAUACCCGACUCGGAAAGCAAUCUGGAUCAGAACUGCUUGUCUCGCUGCAGCACAGAGAUUUUCUCUGAAGCCAGCUGGGAGCAGGUGGAUAAACAGGACACAGAGGUGACACGAUGGCUUCCAGACCACCUAGCUGCACACUGCUAUGGCUGUGACAGUACAUUCUGGCUUGCCAGCAGGAAGCAUCACUGCAGGGACAUUGAACGUGUUGAUCAAACCUGGAAUUGUGGGAAUGUGUUUUGCUCAAGUUGCUGUAACCAGAAGGUGCCAGUUCCCAGUCAACAGCUCUUUGAACCCAGCAGAGUCUGCAAAUCUUGCUACAGCAGCUUGCAUCCGAGUAGUUCCAGCCUUGACCUUGAACUGGAUAAACCCAUUGCUGCCUCUUCAAAUUGAAGCUCCAUCCUAGAAGGAAGGGUGAAAGAGACCAUGCUGACUCUUCUCCUAAACAGACAUGAUUGGUGGACAGAGGCUGGUGGGACUGGAGAAGCCGUGCACUUUGGAGUUUGGACAUGGAUCACUGCUCAGAGGGACAGAACUCCAGGACAUACCACUGGAUUGAGGAAUUCUUCUUUUCCAGCUAUUCCCCCCUUUCCUUUUUAUCCUGUUAGUGUGUGUGUGUGUGUGUGUGUGUGUAUAUAUGUGUGUGUGUGCGUGUAUAUAUAUAUAUAAAAAUAUGGGGUUUUUUUGUUUUGUUUUGUUUUUUGGUUUUUCUGGAAGACUUGGGAAGUGGGAAAGGGGCUGGGGCCAGGACCAGGUCUCCCUCAUGCUUCUAGGUGCGCCACUAUUGAACCCUGCUGCAGACAGACGUCUCAAUUUUAUGGAGGAAAGGAGAGGAGGGGAAUCAGUCCAGAGGCUGAGUGGGAAUACCUGUAGUGUCAGUGCUAGUGCUUUCAGUCACUCCUAUUACUUCCAAACAAGAAACUGCUGUUUGGGAACCUGUUGCUGCUAG